AUGAAAAUCUUACCUUGUUUGUCUUUCUGGAUCUUGGCGCAAUGUGCAUAUACAUUGGCCGAGACGACAGACACAACAGAGAGCACUGAUACGACGUCAACAACCACUACCACAUCGGACACAACUACUGGAUUUGUCGUUGUCACUUCAGAAACCUCAGUUGCCGUUCCCACUGGCGAUUAUAUCACCUAUACUACAACUGAGAUCGUGUCAUCCGCCGAGCUCAAUGCCACGACCACGAGCAAUGCUACAACUUCCACGACUGCCACAGAUGUCGUUCUCGUCGGGACAGGAAGUAGCUCUAACAGCACGGCAACAUCCUCCUCCGCCAGUGCAACAAACACACAAGCCUGUAAUGGUUAUACGGAGUUCUGCGAAAGGAAGUACUCCAACAUCACGAUGGUGACCGCGCAUAACAGCCCAUUUGUGAAAAAGAACAAUGUAGCAGCAAACCAGGACUACAAAGUCACACAACAACUAGACGACGGCAUCAGGAUGGUAUCCUUCGAGGCACACUACUAUGAAGAUGACAUCUAUCUCUGCCACACCUCCUGCGAGCUUCUUAACAUGGGUACCCUAGAGGCGUAUCUGACGACUGUGACAAAAUGGAUCAAGAAAAACCCAUAUGAUGUUGUCACCGUGUUGAUCGUCAAUUCCGACUAUGUCUCUCCUUCGAAUUUCAGCGCCCCCAUCAAGAACUCCGGAUUGGUCGACUACGCAUACGAGCCCUGGAAGAUCCCAAUGAGCCUAGACGACUGGCCAACCUUAUCAGACAUGAUCCUCACCGGAAAGCGCGCAGUCGUGUUCAUGGAUUACGAAGCCGACCAAACAGAAUAUCCCUAUCUCUUGGACGAAUUUUCCCAAAUGUGGGAGACGCCCUUUUCUCCGCUGAAUCGGUCCUUCCCUUGUACUGUUCAACGACCCACUGGUCUAAGUACUACCAAGGCCAAGGAUCGGAUGUACAUGGCCAACCACAACCUCAAUUUAGAGAUUGUCUUCGAUGAUCUCGAUGUUUUGAUCCCGGACUCGGCACAAAUCAACGUGACGAACGCGGUGUCUGGUUACGGAAGCUUGGGGUUGAUGGCCAAUAACUGUCGAAGUGAUUGGGACCGACCACCAAAUUUCCUUCUAGUUGACUAUUACAACGAUGGCAACUUCGCCGGCUCUGUUUUUGAAGUUGCCGCGGAGAUGAAUAAUGUCACUUACAACAGCGACUGUUGUGGGACAUCAUCGGAUGCCGUAAGGAUGAGCAGCGCUAUGAAAUUGUCCCUCUUGAUAACUUUCCUCAGCACAUUACUAACAUGCUUAAUGUGA